CCCAGUACCAACACAGCAAACAUGUACAAGUUCUUGAUCCUCGCCGCCGCAGUGGCCUGCGCCAACGCCGGCUACCUGGGAGCCCCCCUGGCCACCACCUACGCCGCCUACGGACACGCCGCCGUCGCCCCAGCAGCCAUCACCUCCCAGUCCUCCAACAUCCUGAGGAGCUACGGUAACCUCGGCCAGGUGUCCACCUACAGCAAGACCAUCGACACCCCAUACAGCAGCGUCACCAAGUCCGACGUCAGGGUCUCCAACCCCGGAGUCAGGACCCUCGCCCCCGCCGCUUACGCUCCAGCUUACGCUGCCGCCCCAGUCGCCGCUUACCACGCCGCAGCUCCAGCUUACGCCGCAAGGGCCUACGCCGCACCAGCCCUCGCCGCCCCAGCUUACGCCGCAAGGGCAUACGCCGCCCCAGCCGUCGCCGCCCACGGCCUCCUCGGAGUAGCCUACUCCGCCGCCCCCGCUGUCGCCCACGUCUCCUACGACAGCCCCAUCGUCCACUACGCUCUCUAAAUUGUUUCGACCAACCUAUUUCAACCACUAUUAUUUCCAAAAAGACUUCACACGAUAAAGGAUCAUUCAUUCAUUCAUGAAUGAUCUUUCAUUGUUAAUUCUUCAUUCUUCUCAUCUUCUUCUUCUUUAAGAUUGUAUAUAUAUCUUCUCUAUUUAUUGCCUCACUUUUCCUUUCAAUAAAUGAUAUUCUAUUCAAA